UAAAUAAAUAAGACUUAAGAUUUUUUUGAGUAAUAAAGAAAAGUAACAAGUGCCAGUGUGUGUAGUCAAUGUACAACCAGUUCUCAAUUGAACCAACCCGUAUAUGAUGGAUGGGCUUAGUGAGAAGGCAGCAGGCUUAAGAAGUCUUUUCUCAUAUUCAAACCUGGUCCAUGCUAUCUCUGGUGCCACAGGAAGUGUGAUUGCUAUUUCAGUUUUCUAUCCACUUGACACAGUGAGGACUAGGCUUCAAGUUGAUGACCACAGGUGUGCUAAAAAUACAUUCCAUGUUUUAAGGGAGAUCAUUCAGGAAGAAGGGUUCUUGGGUCUGUAUAGAGGAUGGCAGUCCAUGGCAGUCACAACCUUUCUCUCCAGCUUUGUGUACUUCUACACGUACGCCUGCUUGCAGUAUUUUUCUGCUGUUGGUGUACAAGCUUUCCCCACACAUCCCUUGCCCUCCACAAUGACACUAGAUCUACUGAUAGCAUUUAUGGCAGGAGUGGUGAAUGUCUUAGUUACCACACCUCUUUGGGUGGCCAACACUCGACUAAAACUGCAGGGGGCUAAACUUCACACAGCACAUUACAACAAGAAGGAUGGCCCUAACAAAUCCCAAUACUGUCGUUACAAAGGGAUUGUGGACUGCAUUCUGAAGAUAAUCAGAUCAGAAGGAGUAAAAAAGCUGUGGGGUGGAACUGUGGCAUCUCUACUGCUGGCUACCAACCCAGCUAUUCAGUUCAUGAUUUAUGAAGCACUGAAACGAUACUUCAAAAGAUUUUUUAACGUUGCUGAACUCAGCGGGUUGAUGUACUUUAUACUGGGAGCCAUUGCUAAAGCAUCAGCCACUGUUAUAACAUAUCCAUUGCAAGUUGUACAGAGUAGACUGAGAGCUGGCUAUGCCAAGGUUGAAAGCUCUCAAACAUUGAGGCAGAACAUCAUACAUCUAGUCAAAAAAAAUGGACUAGGUGCGCUGUAUAAAGGUAUGGAAGCCAAGCUGCUGCAAACUAUUUUGACAGCAGCACUGAUGUUUGUUAUCUAUGAAAAGGUAGCAGCACUUAUAUUUAGGCUGAUGGGUAUAGCAUCAAAAUAAUUCUCUAAGCAUUAAUAGACGCUGUCUUCCAUUUUAGUUUUUUAAGCUUGUAUGAUAUGCUUUGAGCAAACUUCUUCCAGACUUUAUUUUUUUAUUGUUCAAAAUGAGUGCUUGAGUAUUCAUUUGCAUAGACAAAGAAUUUGAAUAGCAAGUGUAAAGUUUGUUUUUGUAAGUACAUUUUAAAGAUACAACUUGAGUCUUUAAAAAAAUGCUAAUCAAAACUUUUUGUACAUUUCAUGAAGAAAGUCAAAUCAUUUUUCUGUUUCCCCGGUGCUUAAUUUACCUUGCAUUUUUGUUUCUUGAACUACACUAGUACCAUAUUUUUCUAAAAAAAUAGAUACAGUUGUUAUGAUAUUUAUAAACAGAUGUACAUGAAUAAAUGACCAUAACAAAAAUGAUAGUUACAGAAAUCUGUUUUUAAUCUUCUAAAAGUUAAAAAAAAGUACUUUUGUUUUUUGCUGUAUAUUUUUACUAUAGCUGAAUAUAUGAAAAUAGCUCUUGGUUUCUCAAUUAGUAUGACAUUAUAGUUCAUUAUAAACAUAUUUGUUUAUAAUUUGUUACGCCAUUCCAAUACUUUACUGUUUGUGUUGUUACAUUUUUCAAAAUGAAUGUCAUUUAUUAAAAUCUCCUUUUUAUUGUACAAUCAGAUAUAUUUAAUCAUUAACUUAUGAAAUAUUUUUUAAAAAUGUUAAAUCGUUUUUGUGAUUGUCUAAUCUAUUUAGUCCCAGUUAAGAUAAAAAUAUGCUUUCUCAACUUACACUACAGCAAAGGGACUUAAUUUAUAGUUUUAGAAUCAGAUGUUAUAGUAGAAGAAGAAUUUGACAUUUUGAAAAAAACAAUUAUUUGUAGAUUACAUCUAAAUUGGUCAGAAAAAUCUUAGGAUGGAUUUUUAAAAUUUACAUUAGCCUUUCUACUUAACCAUUUUACAUGGAUAAAUGGUAAUGAGAUUGCUAAGUGUUUAAACACUAACUGUUGAGCUUGACUGAAUGGGUUAAGAUAUUUAAUACAUUUCCAUAAGCUUUGUGCCAAUAAUAAGUAUUAUGAAAAAAUAUUCUCUAAAUAUUUUUUGUUUGUGAUGGUUUAUUCUAUUCAGUUUUUCAGUUACAAAACAAUAAAAUAUUUAUUUUGUUUUUUUGGAAAUAAAUUGUUUACUAAUUUAA